AGAAUCAACAAAUUGGAUCAUCAAAGCCCAAUAUGAAGUGCAAAAAGCACCCAAAUCAUCAGCAAUCACCAGGUGUUUGCUCAAUGUGUCUGAGAGAAAAGCUCUCUCGUUUACCUGGAACUUCAACCACAACAACAUAUGCUGUUGCUGCUGCUUCUUCUUCAUCUCUAUCUUCUCUAUCUUCUUCAAAUUCUUAUUCUUAUACGUCUCCGGUGCAUCGGAAUGGCCGGGUUGAUUUGGAGGCAAAAGGGUCUGUGAAUUUCUUGAAGAGUGGUAAGAAUUUGCUUGCUAAAAGCAGGUCAAUGGCUUUUGUUCCUCGAAGACGAGAGGUAGAGACUAUUAUGGAUCAUGGGAAGAAGAAAAAAGGCUUUUGGUCGAAGUUGAUUCGUCCGGGAAAAAAGAGAAUGGAUAAAGGUUUGAGGAACUCGAGAACUAUGAUAGAAAGGGUUAGUACAAGGGUCCAUUGACGGAGGAAAAUCAAUUUGGUCUAUAAAGGGAUUCUGAAGAAGGCUUUCAUUGAUUACCUCAUAGUAAACUUGUUGAUAAUAUUAGUGUUACUGUAUCAAAGCCUCUCUCUCUCUCUCGAUUGUGGUACAAAACUGGUCAGAAUGAUAUGAUCAACUACCAUUCUUAUCUGUAUUUUUUGUUUGGUUUAUUAGAUGAAAUACGCAAAUCUCCUCAGUAAUAUGUAGUGAUUUGGGCGGAAAUUAAGAUUUCAUCAUGUACUCUGAUGCUAAACUGUAGAUGUAGC